UAUGCUUGUACAAAACGUUCAAAAAAUGAAUUUUUAUAAUUUUACGUAAAGAAAUAUAUUGAAUCAUAUUGUGUAUGAUUACGCAAUGCAUGUAUGAUAUCAAGAAAUCGAUGAUGCAGUCAUAUUCACGCAAUUGUCAAUAUUUUUCUGCAAGUUACCAUGAAAUAUUUUAUGCUUAUCAGGCCUGAGUACAUACCAAAUAAUGUGAUCAAAGUAUGACACUUUUGAGAAAAGAAGAUUUUAUGUUUUAAACGUAAAUGCUUUCCUGAUGAAAUGUACUUCAUAUUAUCUAUCGACAAAAUUGCCUAGUCAGAGAGGAGUCGUCUACGAUUCAUUCAUCAUAAGUAUUUAAUCACUCGACUACGAUCUAUGUUAUCAGUUUUCCAAGCGCUAUUUAUUAGCCACCUUUUACGUGCCGUUUAAUAUUUUUUUUCUAUAUUUUUGCAUACUAUGUCACAAAACGUAUUAGUACGUACUGGAAAUAUACUUUCCUUAAAUGAGGCGAAAACAAAAGCAAGUCAAAAUCCCACGGAUGAGUUAAUAGAAACAUUGAAGAUUGUACUACGGGAUAAUAAAAGUAGUGGUGAAAAUCCAGUGGUUAUUCAAGGAGUAGAAGACAAUGCUUUAAAGGAUAUUAAUAGAGAAGAUGUUAAAAUAACGGUGAAGGUAUUUAUGUCCUCGCCUGAUGUAAACUUACUAAAAGAAGCCAUAGAUCAAGUUUGCAACGCUCUAAAUAUAAGUGCAAUUGAGUCCUUGGUAAUUGCAUAUUCAGAUAAAGAUAGUCCUGAAGCAUUAUUGACAUCUUUGAAACAUUUGUGGACUGGAGUAGAAGAGUAUAUUAAAAUUGGCAAAUUAUCAAGUGUUGGUUUAAGUGAUAUCGGUACAAAUGAAUUUAUUGAACUAUUUCAAUGGGCAACUGUAAAACCAAAUAUUGUACAAAUUAGUUUAGCUACGUGUUGUGUUGUACCACCAGCUUUACAGGCAUUCACUAAAGAAAAUGAUGUGCAGUUAUUAACACACAAUGAUCCUGGACAGAUUCUUCCACAAGAGGACCUAAAUGAAAUAUUCAAUACUAAUGCAAGCUUGUAUUGGGUUACAAGAUAUCAAAUACAUUUAAAGUGUCGUGGUAUCCUAUCCUCAAAGGGUUACUUAGUGUAUGUUAAUAAAACAUUGACUUAAUGUUGGAUUUUGA